GCACACUGCACGCUGCACACUCACACACACGCACACAUACACUACACACACACACCUUCUCGUGCACACUGACUCAGCGAAAACAAUAGGCUACGUUGUUGCAACACAGUUUGGGAGGAGACUCUUGCCAUUUGAGCGGUGAAAACUCGGAGCUCUUCGUGCGAGAGCCGAGAAGAUUACAAAAGCCGUGACCGUCUCUGUCUGUCUGUGGCCUGAUGCCGGUCCUGGGUUUUUGGGACUUACAGUCCGGUAGUGUUAGAUCUUGAUAUAUAGACUAGAAGUAGUCUUGGAGUGUUUACGGCGGCUAUAAAACCUUCACGACACAGUAUCAGCGAUAUCGACGCGCGUUUCCCUGUGACAUAUUCCUCUCUCGUGUGUUCUGUGUGCGAGUGUGUUGUAGUUUUUUUUUGUGUGUGUUAACAUCGUGGAGUUGGGCGUCGAGCCGGCAACAGUCCAGCAACCCAGCGCAGCAUGGAGCCGCCCAGCACAGAGCAGCACGCAGACAUUCUCCCCCUGGCCUUCCACAUCCUGUGGCGGGCCGCUCAGGCCGAAAGACGACUGGACCACGCGCAUGCGCACAGAACACAGCGGGAAGACUUCGCUAAGUCCAGAACCAAGUCAACUGACAGCACCUACGAGAACGUCAUGGCACAGAAACUGGCUGAGAACAUCAUGAAAGAUUCGAACCCUGGCCUUGAGACGACCGGUCCCCGCGUUCCGCCCACUGCCCAGGCCGGGGUAGUCGUGCUGGACUGCGAGGACGGCGAGAAGCUGGUGAAAAAAGUGUUCCAGGGCGCCAGGGACGCGUCUGGUCUCUGCCGGGCUGAGGAUCUGCUCGUUGAUUGGCUGAACAGCGAACUGACGUCACAGCAUUCCCGCAAGGUGGACGUGACUGUGUACCUGAGUGACCCCCCGCAAGGCACCACGGCGGACGGGAUUAGGCUGUGGUGGAGAAACUUGGUGGAGGAGCCUAUCUCCCCCCGGGAGUGGCCCACCCUCCUGUCUCUCCUCACAGACCGGAGCGCCCUCUCCUCCCUAGAGAGCUGCUACACCGCGGCCAGCCAACGCCUGGACGACCUGCUGGACUCUGGCUCAAGGACGUAGACGGGGGACUGACCACACCACUCUGGUGGGACCUAGGGGGGAGGGAGCAUGAAAAAAUGGUGGGGGGAGGGGGUGGGGGGGAGUGAGCUGCACGAAACCAGGAUGGAAUAUUGUGACUGCAUGCUGCUGUGAAGUUACUGAGGAUCAGAUGGAUAGACUGGAUCACCAACGAAGAAGUAUUAAGAAGGACGAGAUAGAGCCCAGUCAGACACGAGGUGGGAAGAAAGUGUUGGCGAUAGAUUGGACUCACUUUCAGGAAAUCAAGCAGGUGCAUAUCAAGGAAAGUGUUAGACUGGAGUCCACAGUGUACACGAUCGAGGGGAGAGAACACGGGGAACCUGGAGAAGAGUCACGGAAAUGGAUGUUCAGAAAAGUAGGAAGACAUGGAGUGACAUCAAGCGACUA